GAAUUUAUUCGCAUUUGUGCUUCACAGUGAAGCGGACGUUAAACGCGCAAGCUUUGAAAUUGAAUUUAAAAUAUAUGCAGAAUUAAAUUAAACUGCGACGAAGACUUUUUUGUUUUUUUUUUCUGUUUAUUAUUAUUGCUGGAGCCACGAAGAGUAAAGAAAAUAAUAAUAAAUAAUAAAAAGAACAAACGUACCAUUUGUGAAAGACAUUGUUGGUAUUUUUUAAAUUUCCAAAUUUCAUUCGAACAAUUAAAAUUCGUUAGAAUUUCAUUAGAAAUUUUUAUGUAGCAAAGUGCAGACAAGGUUUCAAUGGAUUGUUUUUCAAAUGCUAUGUGACAAACAAAUGGAAAAAUUAUAUGCUUAUGGAAUAAUACAAAACAAAACAGUAAUUAAAGUGAAACAGCGGACAAAUAUUUUUUGUAUAUAUUUUAGUUAAAAACUGACAAAUUGAAAACAAAUAAAAAAUUAAGAAAUUAAUUUUGAAACUGCAAGCCGAUUAAUAUAAUUAAAAAUAAAAUACAGCUUAAACCAAUGCACAGUAUAUACUAAAAAAUUGUGAAAUUAAAAAAUAAAGAAAAAACAUAAAUACUCGUGGUAAUUUAAUUAUUAAUGAAAAAACUAAACCACACAAAUCACAUUCAACUAAUUAGACCGUGAAAUUUACAAUAAUUAACAAGUACACAAAAUAUGUUAAAAUAUCGACAACCAAGCCUUAAACCUAAUUAUUAUGCAAAGGGUGUGAUUGAAUGCAUAAGCAUUUUAUAUAAGAAAAAUUCACAUUAGACAUUUGUAGAGACAGAAAUUGACCGCGAAAGGCAAAUUUUACUUAAAACAUUUGUGCUUUGUUUAUUUUUCACUUUUUCUAAACAAAAACAAAGUUCAAAGCCUUUUAAGCACAAUACCAACAAACAGUUUAGUAUAUUUUUCUAAAUUGUUUUUGCAUAAAAAGAAAUAAAAAACCAUAAUAAUUUGUAUAAGCGUGCAAUGUACCGAUAAAAUCACGAGUAAAAGAUAAAAAAAAAACACAGAAUAAAAAAUAAAAUUUAUUUACAAAAAAAGUGCAAUUGUAUAAAUAUAUGAAAUCGACAAUAAAUAAGUGCUGAAAUUUAAAACCGGCUAAGAUUGUAUGUGCGUGUGGGAAGCUGUAUAAAAUAUUCAAAUCUUAUCUUGCAAAAGAAAGUAAAACCAGAAUUCUGAAUGCUGCUUUGUAAUCUUAAACUACACACCACUCUACAUAAUUACAUACAUACAUAUGUCUAAUGCAACGUUUUGAAAGCACAACACGUUCCACCGAAAUGGUAAAUUGAGCUAUAAAAAAUUUUUAAGCUAAGCACACAAAACAACAAAACAAAGCGAAAAAUUGUAUGCAGCGCUGGAAAAAUAACAUUCCAAUCAUAUUACAACAAUAAGAACAACAACAAUACUCUUCAAAUAAACAUAAAUAAUACCUAAACAAACAAAAGAAAUCAUCAACAUUGCAACGAUGGAAAACACCGCCUGUCUCAAGCCAUCGAAAGAUGUCGAAUUUCAAGAUGUCUACUAUACCGUUAAGGAGCGCAAACACUAUAUUAAAGUCACUGGUACUCGUCAAAUAUUGCGCGGUGUCAGCGGCAGCUUCCGCAAUGGUCAAUUGUCGGCAAUUAUGGGCCCUUCCGGUGCGGGCAAGAGCAGUUUAUUGAAUGCUUUAUCGGGUUUGCGAACAUCCGAUGUACGUGGACACAUAAAAAUUGAACGCAAAGGCUCCUGCUACAUCACACAAGAGGACAAUCAUCAGACACUGCUCAGCGUUGAGGAGUUAAUGGCGCUUAGUUGCAAUCUAAAAAUACCCUACUCGAAACGUAAAGACGAGCUAAUCACAGAGAUACUCGAAAACCUUCACCUAAAUCAUCGACGUGACAUUUACGCUGAGAAACUAAGUGGCGGUGAACGUAAGAGGCUCUCAAUCGCCUUAGAGCUCGUGGCAAAUCCAAAAAUAUUCUUUCUGGACGAGCCCACCAGCGGCUUGGACGAAGUCACCGCCGCACAAUGUAUACGUUUACUCAGCAAAUUGGCCAAGGAGGGACGCACUAUCGUCUGCACCAUACAUCAGCCGUCGGCGACGAUUUUCAAUUAUUUCGAUAAUAUCUUCGUGCUGGCCAGUGGCCAAUGCGUCUAUCAGGGUCAACCGAGUGCGGUAAUACCAUUUUUACGACAUGUGCAUAUUGAGUGUCCCAAAUAUUAUAGUCCAUCGGAUUACAUCAUUGAGCUCUGCGACGCCGAUGAGGGCAAGCUUAUACCAGUGCUGAGUGAAUUAACCGAUAAUGGCAAGUACAUUUACGCGCCGCAACAGCAACUGCAGCAACAACAACAACUCACUCAGCAAAUACAACUCAACGGUUUGGGCAACAACACAGCCAAGCAACGUUCUAGGGAUUUCCAACAUUCGGUGCGUACUUUCUUUGUGGAGGAGCCCAAACGUAGCCGUUUGCAACACCUGCUAUCGGCUGGCGGAAAUUUCUCUUCAGAUGGCUCGCUUAUCGGCGGUGUCACGGCAUUUUAUGAACAUUUGAAGACUUUCACGAAACUGCUGGACACCGAGCAGGAGGACACCUCGAGCUUACAUCAGUUUUGUGUACUCAUCAGAAUGAUGUCGGUGCGCAUAGUACGUGCACGCAUUGCGCUGCUCAUACAAUUCCUGCAUCAUGUGCUGACGGGCCUCUGUUUCGGCUUAAUUUUUCUGAAUCUCGGCAAUCAGGGCUCGCGUAUGUUUGAUCAUUUGAAAUUCUGCAUUGGCGUGAUUGUAAUUAUCUCAUACACACAAGUUAUGCUGCCGAUAUUGAGCUACCCCAUGGAAAUCAAGAUCGUUCGUAAGGAGACCUUUAAUCGCUGGUACAAAUUAACCCCCUACUACAUGGCCUUGAGCUUUUCACGCUUGCCUUUGCAGAUUAUUCUGAAUAUGAUAAUGCUGACGAUCAUUUAUUGGAUGAGUGGCUUGCCACCGCAAUUGUGGCGUUUUGGCUUAUUUGCCGGUAUUGGUUUAAUGACAUCGUUGAUAGCAGAGGGCAUGGGCUUGGCGAUAGGAAUGACUUUCAGUAUAACGAACGGCAGCGCAGUUGGACCUUUAACGAUUGCUCCCCUCAUGGGUUUGGCGAUUUAUGGUUUCGAUUUUGCUGCACAAAUUCCAUACGCUAUGAAUCUGCUAAUGAAAUUCAGCUACAUACGUGUCGGUGUUGUGGCGUUAAUACUUUCCGUUUUCGGUUUUGAUCGACCAGAAUUGGAGUGCACGGAUAUGUAUUGCCAUUUUGGUGAUCCGAGAGUUUUACUCAAAUUUCUUGAUAUUGAACACAUGUCGAUGUGGUAUCUCUUCUCCUUACUCACGGUACUUAUGCUCUUCUACAGAGUUUUAAUGUAUUUGAGUUUGCGCAGACGUUGUGGCACAUAAACGAUUUGUAAUGAAGUGUUAAUUGUUGAAUGUAUACAUGUAUGUGAUUAAUAGUGUUAAGUGGUAAAGUUAGGAUUAAGUAUACAAUGUACAUACAUAAAUGGGCUGGUGAAUGGCGUAAAAACAAAAAUAAUAAUAAUUUAUGCACAUUUUUAUGUAAAUAUGUAUAGUAUGUAAGUGCAUACAAAGCAAUUAGUAAGCAACUUUAUGCUGUGAUAAAUGAUAUUGUGUAAUUAUAAUAUAUUUUUUUAUAGGUUUAUAAAGGAGUUUAGCAUUUGUUUUUUUAAAAUACAUAGACAGCCAUGUAGUUUUGAUAGGUGACACUUUAAAUAAAGUGGUUUAUAUGAUCGAA